AAUUAAUUUAAAAAUGUCUGGAGCCAUGAAAAAUAUAUCUUAUAAAAUUUUCUUAAUAUACAACUACUUCUUCCAUUAAAUUAUUUUAUUAAAUAUUCCAAACAUAUUAAAAGUAUUUUAUUUAUUAACAAAGUUAAAUUACAAAUAUAUUCUCUUCAUUUUAUUUCAAUUCCUUGUUUUUAUUUAUUUAUUUAUUUCUCUUUUAUAUAUAUAUAUAACUCCACAUAUUGAGAAGAAUUAUGAAAUAAAUAUGAGAAAAAUGUGAAAAAUAUAUAAUAAAAUUCAUAAUAAUAAUAUUACUACGAAAUGAUGAACGUUAUUUGAAUAUUUAAAAAUAGUGCAUUCCUAAACUUUUCCAAGAAUUGUUUAACCGAGAAACAGAAUUUAAUUAAUUUCCAGAGAGUUUUAAAUAUUGAUUGACAAGUUCAAACUUUGUAAUGAACGUAGACGAAGAAAAUAUGAUAAAGUUACGUCUGUAUAAAGUUUAUCAUCAUGAAAAUUAAAGUUAUGUUACUAUAAAAUAUCCAUUUCUCGAGUUCACAUAUGAUCAACAAAAAAACUUUAUGAUUUAUUUAAUGGAAUUCCAUAUUUGCGGGAAUGAAAAUAAUUUUUGAUUAUCUUGUUAUGUAAUUGAUUUAUUUCGGAUAACCGUAUUAGAAAUUAAUUCUAGUUCUAAAAUUAUAAAAAUUAUAUAUUUUUGUUUUUAUUUUACAAGAUGAAAAAACCUAAAUAUCUAUCCGCAAAAUAAUAUAAUAUAGUAUCCAAUAAUAUUGUUAAAUUAAUCUAGAAAAUAAUUCUUAUCGAUGAACAAAUGAAUGUGUCAGCAAUUUCGUCCGUCCAAAUUGUCAAAAUGAAUGGUAUAACCUGAAUUGAAUUUUCCCUACAAUUUUCCGUCCACAAUAUUCCAUCACAAAGAAUGUUAGAGAUAAUAUCUGAAGAACAUAAAAGUGGCAGUGUUCGAAAAAAUAAUGUUCGAUUUGAUAGAAUAUUUCUAUUCCUUGAUAAAAUUGCUCAUCUUUGUGAUAGUCGAAUGCUUCCUCUCGGUAUACACGUGUAUUCUUCGAAUAAUUUUCAUACAAUUAACGGGAGAGAAAUCAUUGCAAUGGGUAAUAUUAUUUUCUUACGUAGUAGUAUUAAAUAACUUGUUAAACUUCAUUCAUAUUCUCUAAUAUGCGCGAUUUUAUUGAUUUUCCUCUUUACUUUUCAGACUCAACGUUUUCUAAUCUACUAUUUAUCUAAAUACUUCCUUGUAAACUGAAUAAGGACAAAAAGGAAACGUAAUGCUAUUAUCUCGGUACACGGUAAGAAGACUUCAAAGGUAAAGCGCGAAAUACGUGUCGUAAAGAAAAUAGGAAUUUGUUUCGUAUUCUGUUUUCGUUUUUGUCCACGUUCAUUCAUUAUAUAAUCUAAUAAAAUUAUUUCUCACUUUUUUUUAUUACUUUUCCAUUAAUAUUAAAAAAAUAAUUAUAUUGUGAUAUAUUUCAAUGCCAAAUCAUCAUAUAUUUUUCAGUUCAUUUUCUACAUUUUUAUUCUUGGCAUGUUGACUUUAAUCUUCGAUUCGUGUACUUCGCCAAUAGAAAAACCUUUCAAAUAUGAAGAUCGUUUUUUGCUCUGCCAUUUUAAUCAGAUACAUCUUCCGAAACAUGCAAAUGAAAUUGCUAAAUUUAACCGUGAUAAAAAGAGAAAAUACUUGUUGGUAAAAUCAAAAAAAUCGAAAAAAAAAUAUGUAGUUCAGUUUUUUCUUCAAAAUACCGAUUCUGAAUCUAAUAAUUAAAUAAAGAAGAUACCGAAGAUCAUUCUAUAUUUUAUUGCGGAAUUCUUUUAAAUUACUGAAAGAAUUAUAUAAAUAAAUGCAACAAGUUAGAAAUCUAAACAUAAGAUAUCUAAACCAAUUCAAAAAAUAUUCAGAGAUGGGCUAAUAGAAGAUUCGUGAAUAAUUACAACAUAAUUACAGAAUAAAAAUUUUAGAAACGCGAAACAAGAUUGAAAAAGAAAAAAAUUUGAAAUCAAGAUCGAACAUAUAGGAAUGUUUACGAUUUAUUGAUUAUAUGAGACACUAUAACAUUCUGUGUAUAACAUGAAUCGAAAUAAAUUUAUACUUUUACAUUAUGAAAGUGGUUUUAUAAUUUAAAUGGGCACUAAAGAUAUUCUUUGAUAUUAUUUUCAACUUUAGGUGAUAUUAAUUGCAUAUUGGUAUGAUUUAAGAUCAUUCAUAACAACUCAGGUAUAAACUUCUAAUAAUGAAGAUCUUAACGAACUCUUCACGCACAGCUUGGAAUUUUCCUCUUAAGGAGAUCAAAUGAUCAAAUCUUCGUAAUGUAUUCGAGUAAUAACGUUUUCAUUCAUUUAUUCUUUUGACGUGAUCGAGCGAAAUGAUCGAGCGAAAUUAAAUUUUCGAAUAUAUAUAUAUAUAUGUUAGAUUAUACUUAAAGAAGGGAUAAAAGAAAUAUUCAGAAGGAAAUUUUCAAUUUUUCGGUUUAAAUCCAAAUGAAAACCAUUUAUCGUCUUAUCGGAAGAUUUAAUUUGUCUACGCGUUUAAUUUUAUAUCAUUAUUCUAGAAUGCAAAAACAUUGAGAUGUAUCUGUGAAUGAUAAAUUUUUACAGGUAACAACUUGUAAAAUAUAUAAAAUAUAUAUAACCGUAUAAAAAUUCUUGUUGGUAAUCAGAAUUAGCGAGAUAUGUGAUAUUUUAUUAGUCGAGUUAUGUGGAGGGUUCAUGUAGAUUAAAGCGGAGGGUUGGUUACGUGCGUGGUAGAUGGGCGCGAGGAACUCAGGAGUGAGUCGCGACACGUCACUUGUUCACGAUCUGGCAAACGGUGCGCUUUUCAGAUCAUCCCUCGAAUAGAGGUGGCGGUGUUAUUAUCGUAAAAAUAUUUUGUGACAUUUUUUUUUCCAAACGUAAUUAAUUUUGAUUAUGAUGAUGAUCGUUAAUGAGGAAUAAUCGUUUGUCGACGAAUAAUGAAAAGAUUCGUAUGAAACGAAUAAUUUAUAGAAAAAGUUUUCGAAAUAAUUUUCAAAGUGAGAAAGAACGUUUGUUCUUGUGUAUGUGACUUAAGAGAAAAGGCACAUAAUCGGAAAGUAAUCGAUUUGGUAUCGCAAACGGUGAUGAAAAUUAAUGAACAAUGAACGUAUCGGAAUAUUCGUUUUAUGAGAAUAUUAGCGACGAAUUGAAAUAUUUGGAAAAAGUACGCGGUCCUAAAUACUUAUCCUUGACGUUGAUAGUGCCUAUCACCCUCACGUACGUCGUCAUCUUUGUAACCGGAUUUGUUGGCAAUAUCAUCACUUGCAUCGUUAUUUGGAGAAAUCCGACUAUGCAGACACCGACGAAUUAUUACCUGUUCAAUUUGGCGGUAUCUGAUUUGCUGUUUCUAAUAUUAGGUUUACCUUUUGAACUGAGCGUAUUUUGGCAACAAUAUCCAUGGCAGUGGGGAUUAGGAAUAUGCAAAUUAAGAGCGUAUGUCUCUGAAACGUCCUCUUAUGUAUCAGUAUUAACUAUAGUGGCAUUCUCAAUAGAAAGAUAUUUGGCAAUUUAUCAUCCUCUUCGUCAUUAUCGGAGCGGUUUGAAACGUGCUAUACGAUCUAUCUUUGGUGCAUGGCUGAUAGCUUUAAUUUUUGCUAUGCCAUUCGCAACUUACAUCGAUAUCAAUUACGUUGAAUAUCCAGAAAACUCCAAACGAAAUUCAGAGGAAUCCGCGAUUUGUGCGAUGCUGAAAGAAAACAUGCCCGAAUUUCCUCUCUAUCAACUUAGCUGCAUUCUCUUUUUCCUCAUACCAAUGGUGUUUAUCGCGGUACUUUAUAUUCGGAUAGGAUUACGAAUACAAAAUGACAGCCUUGCGGAGAACGUCGAGGGAUACGUUCACGGGGAAACGAAACAAGUCCAGUCACGAAAAACCAUCACACGAAUGCUGAGUGCCGUGGUGAUCACAUUUUUCAUCUGUUGGGCGCCGUUUCAUGUUCAACGAUUAUUAUAUGUGUAUGAGGACUCGACAUACGAUGACAUAAACCAGUGGGUAUAUCCGCUCACUGGUUGUCUUUACUACUUCAGCACGACUAUUAAUCCUAUAUUGUAUAAUGUGAUGAGCGCGAAAUAUCGGAACGCUUUUAAAGAAACGUGUCGAUGCUCGCCUAGCAAUCCAUCUAUUACCAGAACCGGCCUAAGUAGCGUGAGAGAUUCGAGUGUAAUUUGUGGUAGUAACAAAAGAUCUCAGGUUUUUCGUGGAAGAGAUGCAAAUAGACAAAAUAGUUGUAACAUAUACGCAUCGAGCUGCAUGGAAAACAAUUUACAAGGGGAAACACAGCCAGAUCAUAGAGAAAUGGAAAAGCGACAAAAUGUACCUGCAAACGAUUCGUUGACAGCGAAAAAGAAUAACAACGAAAUUGUAUCUGCACAGUUUUUAAAUCAGUUAAAAAAAUCAUCGGUUUUGGUGCAUACGAAAAAUGGACGUCUCAAAUAUCAAGUGUCUGAUAAUGAUAUAUCUACAAAUGAGACACAUAUCUGAUUGCUAAAUCGUAAAAAAAAGAUAAAUAUACAUAAAUAAUUUUAAAUUGUUAAUUAAAUAAUUUCGAAUAAUAUAAAUUAUUAAUUUCGGAAUAUUAACAUGAAAGUAUCGUUUAUUUUAAAUCUUUAAGACAGCGGAUUACUUUUUCAAUUCACUAAUUUCUUAUUUUGUUAAAAUUAAUUCACAUGUUUCAAAGUUCUUGCACUUGAGAUGUAACGAAAAAAUAUAAAUCGAUAUAAUUGAAAAAUAUUACUUUGAUAUUCGAAUUUUAUGUGAUGUUUGGAAAAAUGAAACAUAAGGUAUAAAUAUAUUAUCUUCCAACAAAUGUAACCUUAAAAUAUUUACGAUAUUUACGAUAAUAACAUUAAAAAUUAAAUUUGAUAUUUCAGUCGAAAAAAUUGAUGAAUCCUUAUUAGGAUUAGUUGAUUUAAAGACAUAAUUUUUGAAUAAUAUGAAAAAAAAUUUUUUCAAAGAAAGCUAUAUAAAAAUAUGGACGAACUAAUAUGCAUAUAGAAUAUAAUUAUAUUACAAUAAUGAAAAAUAUUAUGGAUUUAAUAUGAUAUCGAUUUGAUUUUGGUGAAUUUUUGUGUUAAAUAUUGUAUAUAGAUGAAUAUAUACAAUAAAUAGUAGCUUUCUUUCAUAACACAACAUUAUUAAUAUACUGUGUAUAUAUAUAUAUAUUGACUAUGAAUCUAUUAUACAUGUAAAUACAUCUGAAGAUUGUAAUAUUAUAUAUAUUAUUAUAUUAAAUACAUUAUUAUAUUUA